CAUUAAUAAAUUACGAUGCCAGAUUACAGUCAUCCAGUGAAAGUGAGGGUACAAAAGAACAAGUUACUUGAUGACCUUGACUCAAAAAGAAAAAUGAACUUGGUCAUGCUACUGCUUGUGGUGGGCUGCCUCUUCACACUUGCCCACGCUCAUGAAGCGUUUUUCGGUAGCUGUCCCAAAGUAACGCCUCUGCCGGAUUUCGACAUGGAGAGGUUCGAGGGCCUGUGGUACGUGACGGAGAGCUUCGACGAGAGGGAGAAAUGCCGGACUUGGAACAUCACGAAGGGCGUCGUAAACGGCACUUGGUACCUGAGGGAGGCUAAAGGUGCCGGAGUGCUGAGUAACGUAGGCCUCUCUGACUCUAAACUCACCACAGCCACACUUUGGCCUGACCCAAACACCCCAGCCAAGAUGGUAGUCCAAUGGCCUCUUAACAUAGCAGGCAGCUACGACUUCACAGUGCACACGACAGAUUACGAGAGGUUCGCAGGGGUGUUCCAGUGUCAGCAGGUGGUGUUCUUCCAGCGGCAGAAUGGCAUCGUCCUUUCCCGUACUUCACAACUCUGGGUCGAACUCCAACAGAUGGCAAGGCUGCACCACAAGGACGUGAAAGUGGAGUACUUCAAACCCGUCAAACAGUCUCACUGUGGUUACGACCGUGAGGUAUCCAAUGAAGGCGCUGGAAGCUCGGACCCGGGACCACUGGGUACCUACAAGAACUCGAAGGAAGAGGAAGACGUAGAGGGCCGAGUUCCUGAGAAGUUAUUCAUACCUCUGUAAAUAAUUUGCCAGACUAGUCAAGAAAAAAUUCCAGAUCAGGGCUUACUUUCAAUGAAUUACCAUUGAUAAUUUUCGUAGAAUUUGAUGUUUGUUUUUUCUCUUUAGUAUUAUUUACUCACAUUAUUAUCCAUUCCUUGCUUUAAGUAAUUCUCCAUAGGAAAGUGUAUCAAGUUCGUUAUCUCAUAAUUCCGCACAGGAGAUUUUCCAGUAUAAUCGUUUCCUUUCUACAGGUUAUGAAACAGCAGAACAUACUAAAGUCAUUUUUUUUAACAUGGCGAAACUGACCCAGGCCCCCUACAGGCCUACUUGAAUGUGGAGCCGUGAUUGGGUAAACCUCGAGGGGCCACAGACAUGAAGUAGUAAUGAGUCACUUUGGCCACCAGUCGAGUUGACAAUCCAAACAGCCACACUCAGCCGCCGACUUAACGUUGCCCAGCUUAUCCAAUGAGUUGUAGGGAAUAUAUAAUGUUUUGAUCAGAUUAAAAUAACUUAAAAAGUGUAUUUUUAUCUAUUACUUUUUCAGUUUGAUGUAAUUUGUAUUAAUUUGCAUUAUCAAUAAUAAAGAGAUGUUCGGUUAAA